CUGUAUACAAACUUAAAAAUAAUGUGGGCAGACAAUCCAUAUAUAUAACAGAAUUUUCUAUCGGUUAGGUUUAUAUGUUUUUCUGAAUUAGAGAGUUUCAAGCUUAACUAUGGCUGCUCUGAGUUCAUUCUUGUUUAUAUUCUUCAGCAUAACAGCUGUGUUUGCCAAGGAACCCGAAGUCAAUUGCCCAGCACCUAGAUCUCCUGAUCAUGGUCAAACAUUCCUUUACCAGGACGGAAGUGUAGUGAAAUAUGUCUGCGAUCCUGGAUAUACCCUCAUUGGAAGGGAAAUGGUUCGAUGUUUCGAUGGACAGUGGGAAGAACCAAUACCUUUUUGUAUAGAAGUAUCUGAUUCCGGUAGCGAUAUACCAGUAAAAGUUUCGUCUGAACCUCUGAAUGUCGCCCCUGCACCCCGACCCCUCUUUGACUGGAACGGCGAGGAAGAGAACGCCACUGCGGAAGAAGGCGAUCUACCUCAAGGUGACGAGGCCCGCCUACGCAUGGUGAUUAUGCCCAGGCGCCGGGCCCGGCUGCUCUCGGCACGCGUUGCCAGGUUGCACAGCGCCUCGGAGCUGGAAGAAGAGGAAAAGAAACGAUCCGGCAAAAAAGAUGACGCAAAAUCGACCACCACCAUCCAUUUGGAAUCCCCUCCCUCCCUGGUAUACGUCCGCCGCACCGUUUCGCCUGGUAAAUCCGACAGCCAGGAAGCAACGCUGCAGGAGCAGUACCGCACAGCUUCAGUUCACAUGACAGUGGACAAUAAGGAGGAUGGCGAUAAGCUGCAGGUUGUCGCUUUACCCAGGGCUGCAGUGGCUCAGAACGAUAAGGGAGAUGAGAGCCUUCGUCACCUUUAUUGGAUGGCGCAGCAGUACUACCCGAGGUCAGCAUCCCUGGUAGAGUACCGCAGUGGUUCACCUGUCGUCAUGACUUUAAGUGAAUCCCAGAUGGCCUGGAUUAACAGCCUGCACCCAGAGUUGAGAGACCAGUACCUGAGAGAUCUCUAUGUGUUGAGAGCUGAGGAAGCAGUGGAAGGGCAGAGAGCGCUCUCUUUCCUCAGGCGCUACGAUGACGGCUACAAUUACUAUAUAAGGCAACCUUUGGCCGCCCAGGAUCUGACUGCUAUCUACGACUACUCCUGCAACCAGGCUGGAUCUCACUUCGUGACAGCCCCUAAGCUGGCCAAUGCUCACAUCGCAAGAUACGACCGACGACAGAACCCAAAUCCCCCCUACAAUCAUUACUUGACGGCGGUGUACAGGUGCAAUCCGGGUUACGUCAUGCUUGAUACCCGAUUCACCGAGCUCACUUGUAGCAGAAGAAAUUGGAUCGGAACAGAACCCAUCUGCGUCCCCAGAACUUGAUCGUCUGCAGAGGAACUGGACCAAUGGCUACGGAUAUUCAGUCACGCACAACUUUAAAUUCUUUGGUUUGUUUUCUGCAAUUGUAAAAUGCUUUUAGUGUACUUAAACGCAUACUGCAAACGGUAGAAGUAAUUGAUAUGUGUGUACAGAAAUUUAUUGUAAAUGUUAAGUUUUAUAAAUGUUUAUUAGGUUGUACAAUUAUAUAGUUUAAGUUCGACGAUUCUUUUGUUUCCACUUUGUAGAUAAGAGUUUUAUGUAUUAUAAAUUUUAUAAUGAAUGACUUUAUUUUCGUCAGCACUCAAAUGUACAAUUAUAAAAAAUGCUAGUUUUAAAUUGAAUGCUAUGCAAAACAUGUGUAUUUUUGAGCUCUUUA